AUGUCAUUUUCCGGACGUCGCGUGAGCAUUUUGCGUCCUUCCAACAGGCGAUUUUCGCUGGGCAAGGAGUUGUCGGAGAAUGAACUCCGAUCAGAAACUCACCGUCAAUUCCGAAGUGCUCACGAAGGCCACCGUCCCCAUGCUGGUCUCGAUGCCUCACGUGCCUCAACCGGUGUUGUCUGGUGUACAGAACGUGCGACUGAACACGGCUACGCAGAGGAUCCCUCCGCAUGGGCGAACCUGGGACAAGGUGCCCCUGAAGCCGACGAUGAGAUCGAAGGCAGUUUCCCUCGCCCCACGAGCAUUCCCAUCACCUCUGCUGCGCGUGAGUACGGCCCCACGGCCGGUAUCAAGCCCCUCCGCGCGGCUGUCGCUCGGUUGUAUAAUGAGCAUUACCGUCAGGGCAAGGAAAGCCAGUACACUUGGGAGAAUGUCUGCAUUGUCCCCGGUGGGCGUGCGGGUUUGAUUCGAAUUGCAGCCAUCCUGGGCAAUUCGUACCUGUCCUUCCCCAUUCCCGACUACUCUGCGUAUUCUGAGAUGUUGACCCUGUUCAAAAAUAUCGCUCCUAUCCCCAUUCCCCUCUCCCAGAAUGACCAUUAUCAUAUUCACCCCGACAAGAUCGCAGAGGAAAUCGCACGUGGUACUCAGGUGCUCUUGACAUCGAAUCCCCGUAAUCCGACUGGACACUUUGUUUCCAGCGAGGAGCUGGCUAAAAUCCAAGACAUCUGCAGAGAUCGCGCAACGUUGAUUUUGGACGAAUUCUAUGGAGGCUACAAUUACACCACCGACUGUGACGGCACAACUCUCAGUGGUGCUACAAAUGUGGAGGACGUAAAUCAAGAUGAUGUCCUGCUCAUUGAUGGCCUCACGAAGCGUUUCCGUCUGCCUGGUUGGCGUAUCGCCUGGGUUGUCGGUCCCAAGGAGUUCGUUGACGCCCUUGGUUCCGCUGGUUCCUACCUGGACGGAGGUGCCAACGUGCCGUUCCAGGAAGCCGCCAUUCCUAUGCUCGAGCCGUCGCUGGUACGCGCGGAGAUGAAGGCCCUCCAGCAGCAUUUCCGUGAAAAGAGAGAUUUCGUUGUCCAGCGCUUGAGAGAAAUUGGAUUCCGUAUCCAGGACGUUCCUCAAGCCACCUUCUACAUUUGGCUUGAUUUGACUUCUUUGGAGCCCCCGCUUCCCAAAGAGGCGAACAUCUCCGACGGUCUGAACUUCUUCAACGCCCUCCUGACUGAGAAGGUCAUUGUGGUGCCUGGUAUCUUCUUCGACCUGAACCCGGCCAAGAGAAGAGACCUGUUUGACAGCCCUUGCCACCACUUUGUCCGUCUGAGUUACGGACCGAAGAUGGAUGUGCUGAAGAAGGGUCUUGAUGGCAUUGAAAGGGUUAUCCGCCGUGCGCGGGGAGAGGCCCUCAAAGCUCAAUGGGAAGACGAGCGCACAGGCUGCGAUGCGCAAUAUGUUGCGCACGAUAUUAUGGCCUGGAAUUUCUACCGCAUCCUUAAUUACACUGUCUUCAUUGUUCUCUCGGUUGUCCUCUUCUGUCUCAUAGUCCUGACCCCAGCGGACGCGAUCUACCAGUGCUACAUUACAUCGCGACUCACAAAUAUCUUCAUUAUUAGCGGUGGCUACAUCGUGACGUUUAUACUAGCGGCGCUGAUCUACGCAACCCGGAUUUAUACCAAUCGCAGUGCCUUAGCAGGUAUUCCCAAAGCAUGGAUCCCGGUCGAGAAGGAAGACGUCGGGAAGAGCGUGAGGCGACUGGUGGUUGAGGGUCUUGCUCGCAGUGCUAUCAUCGCUUAUCAAGCCAGACCAAGGGAUACAACUGCAGAUGGAGAGAACUUUGCCGACUACCCUAUGCUCCUAAUAGACCGUGAUCGCCCUCCUUGGGGCGAUGUCGAACACCCGGGAUGGUCUUCUCCUGCAUCUCCCGAUGUGCCCGACCUGCCGUAUCGGACGGUGAUCCAAGAACUUCCAAAUUUGAUCGAAGCCAAAGCGGUCUCUCUCGCUCCCCCCGACCCCUUUUUGUCCGUCCCCCGCUCGUUCAACUCCUCUGCCCCUGACGCUGAGCAAUCGAUCCCGGACACACGAGUAGUAGACAUCCUACGCCGACCAGUGUCGAUGGGUGUGCGGGAGUACUUGCAACAUCUCACCGUUCUGAACGUUAUCAAGCCGCCCGAGAUCGGUGCGGAAUUCACCGCACUAUAUGAGCGCGCGCGCUUUUCAUCCCAUGAGCUCCACGAGGCGGAAUUUCGGGAGUUGAUGCACGUAUUCGCCGAGCUUUUGAAAGGGAUGCAGUCGCUGGAUACGCAGAUUAUGGACGAUAUAUAUGCUGAAAGCCAUGGGGACGAUAGCGAGUCCAUCAUCGGGCCUUCGGACGAGGAAGGAGAGACCGAUACGGUAGAUUAUCACGACGAUAGCGAGUCAUUCUCCCGAGGCCGAACCAAUAGUUUACAGCCAUCAAAUGCAUCGACCUGGGAGGGCCGCUCAAUUUACACAACAUCCGGAAAGCAGAGCCAUCAGUCACCUGUUUGGCCGAGAAACCUCGAUCCGCACCGGCUGGCCACGCCUCGGACGCCCUCAAUACGGUCGCUUAGACAGGUCCAGUCGAACGCGUCGGGCAGUUCUGGUGGAAGCGUGAUACAUUUGGUAGAUACCCAUGGGCCAUCAGAUUUGCCCUACGCCAUUAAGUUCAACGGCAGUUCACAUAAUAAUAGAACAUGA